AUGUCAUACAGAUGGCGGCCCUGGCUUCUACCUGACCUCAAUGACCUUGAGGGGAUAGAGGACCUUGUCAACGCCGAGAGCGACGAGAGGGUGAUAGCUUUCAAAGACUACCAGCUUUCAGCAUGCCAAAUGAUCGCCGUGAUAGGCGCUCUCGUGGCACAAGCGGGACUCUCAGCACUUUCCCUCUCCUCUCUGGAGGAGAUGCACUUUACUGCUCGCGGUUGCUUUAUCAUCAGUAUGAUCAUAGGCCUUGUCGCAACCUUCUGUGCUGCACUCCAGCAGCGUACAUUCGGAAAUGUCAGCAGUGCCGAUGAAGUAAGGGCUUGGCUCAGCAGCGGCAAGCAGUAUAAGAGCCACGAGGGCUUGUUGCGCUACAAAGCUUCUGUAGCGGCCUGCCAGAUACUACAAGCUCCAUUCGAACUCGUCUGCAUGUCUAUCACCGCCUUUGUCAUAGGAUUCGGACUGUACCUGGGCUUCGCAAUGCACAACGAGCUAGCUCUAAGUCUGGGCCCAAAUGCCAACCGCACCCUUCUCAUCUUUUAUCUUGUCAUCACGGUCUUUCCACUCGUGGUGAUCGGGCUACUUCUGGGGACGCAGGAUAUAGAACAGCUUAAGCUCGCGGGUUCCACCGACUACGUUCCGAGAGGAUUUGGACCAUCGGCACCCGUUGCACGAAACACUGCGCAUCUCUUCCCUCCCGGAGUCAAGAGCUUGCUUCCGUUGGCCAGUGAAGGCCAGCAAGGGGCUCCACACAAUCGGCAGGGAGAAUCCGGCGACCAAGACCUUAGGAGAGCCUUGUUGGAGGCUGCGGCUGCCCAUCGUCAAUGCGCAAAAGCCAAUGAGGAAGUCGCCAUUCAAUAUGAACGUUUGUGUAGAGCUAGUUGA